AUGUCCACACAAGCAGAGCAUGCCUCACUCCUGAUUCCAGGACCCAUCGAGAUCAGUGACGAGGUCUCGCAAUCAAUGGCCCACUAUGCCCAAUCCCAUGUCGGCCAACCGUUCGUCAAUACCUUUGGUGAAACACUCACCCUUCUGAGAGAUCUCUUUCAGACCAAGAAUGCAAACUCCCAACCUUUCGUCCUCGCCGGAAGCGGUACAUUGGGCUGGGAUCUUGUGGCCGCCAAUCUGAUUGAGCCUGGUGAAGAUGUCUUGGUUCUGCACACUGGCUACUUCGCCGAUUCCUUCGCUGAUGCCAUUAUUACCUAUGGCGGAAAGCCUACUCAGCUAAAAGCUCCCAUUGGCGACCGUCCACAAAUACUUGAAAUUGAAGCCGCCCUAAAAGAGAAGAAAUAUAAGGCUGUCACAGUCACCCACGUUGAUACUUCGACCGGUGUUCUUUCUCAGAUCAAACCCCUCGCCGAGCUGCUUCAACGGGUUUCGCCUGACACCCUGCUCGUUGUAGACGGUGUCUGCUCGAUUGGUGGCGAAGAACUUGCCUUUGAUGACUGGUCCGUAGAUGUGGCAUUGACUGCAUCACAGAAGGCUAUUGGAUGCCCUCCAGGCUUGUCCAUAACCAUGGUGUCUGAGAAAGCCAUUAAUGUCUUCAAAGCCCGCAAAUCUCCUCCGGGGUCCUACUAUGCAAGCUUUAAGAAUUGGUUACCUAUCAUGCAGAACUACGAGGCAAAGAAGCCUAGCUAUUUCGCAACUCCCCCAACACAGCUGGUUCAAGCGCUCAACACCUCCCUCAAGCAAAUCCUCGCGAGUCCCAUAUCAGAGCGCUUCGCCAAGCACCGCAAAAUGAGCGAAUACGUCAAGUCAGAAGUCGCAAAGCUCGGCCUGAAGCAAUUGGCCACCGACCCAGCGAAUGCUGCCAACACUAUGACGGCAAUUUAUUUACCCGAGGGUCUCACUCCGCCCGAGAUUCUCCCUAAACUCAUGUCCCGAGGAGUCAUCUUUGCAGGUGGCUUGCAUAAGGAAAUCGCGACCAAGUACAUUCGUUUUGGACACAUGGGUGUCAGUAUAACGGAUGAGUCAAGGGGCGAAGUUGACAAGGCCCUGAAGGCGCUCAAGGACGGUCUCGCAGAAGUACAAGAUGCCAAGAAGCAGUAG